GUUGUGGUUAGAAUGUAACUAGUUGUGUGUGGUGGGUUAGUGGUUAGUUGUGGUUAGAAUGUAACUAGUUGUGUGUGGUGGGUUAGUUGUGGUUAGAAUGUAACUAGUGUGUGUGGUGGGUUAGUUGUGGUUAGAAUGUAACUAGUGUGUGUGGUGGGUUAGUGGUUAGUUGUGGUUAGAAUGUAACUAGUGUGUGUGGUGGGUUAGUUGUGGUUAGAAUGUAACUAGUGUGUGUCUGCUGCGGCAGGCUCGUUCUUCACAGGGCAGAGCUCUAAGAACAACGAGGAAAUGUCUCUGAUCCGCAAGGCCGACCUGGAGAACCACAACAAAGAUGGCGGCUUCUGGACCGUCAUCGACGGGAAAGUCUACGACAUUAAAGACUUCCAGGCCCAGUCGCUCACUGGGAACAGCAUCCUGGCCCAGUUUACAGGAGAAGACCCCGUUGUUGCCUUGGAAGCAGCCCUGCAGUUUGAAGACACCAGGGUGUCUAUGCAGGCUUUCUGUGUUGGACAGUACAGAGAGGUGUGUAUCUAUGUAUCGUUCUUCCUUCAGAGCUGUUAGACUUCUCACUGUUGUUCUUUGUCUUUGAUUAGUGUUGGAACACGUUUUGAAUAGUCUUAAAAGUCUCAGAAUAGUCCCCGACUAGGCAUUGAACAUCGAUAUAAUCUCGGUGCAGUCUCAGAAAAGUU